UUCUUUUUUAUCUGCUUGCAUUCCCCGCUCCCUCCAAAGAAAAUAUUUGCCGCUGUUGACUACCAUGGCGAGAAUUUGGCUUGUAACAGGCUCCUCACGGGGACUCGGCCUCGCCUUGGUUGAGGCCAUUCUCACUUCUGGGGAUUCCGUCAUCGCGACAGCUCGAAACAAGGACCAACUUAGCCACCUGGUCCACAAGUACGGCUCCGACCGAGUCCUUACAGCGGCUCUCGACGUCACAGAUAACGAUCAAGUCCUUCGUGUGGUAGAAAAUGGCCACAAAACGUUUGGCCGCAUCGAUCUAGUUGUGAACAACGCAGGCUACGGCGAGACGACAUCGAUUGAGGAUUUCGACCCCGAAGCGUUCAGGGCGCAGAUCGACACGAAUCUCUUCGGCGUGGUCAAUGUCACUAAAGCCGUGCUCCCCAUUAUGCGUCAACAGAAGUCUGGACAUAUCCUACAAGUCUCCUCGGUUGGCGGGAGAGUUGGGUCACCCGGCCUUGGAGCGUACCAGGCUGCAAAAUGGGCCGUUGGAGGCUUUUCAACUGUCCUCGCCAAAGAAGUUGCACCGUUCGGCAUCAAAGUCACUGUUCUAGAGCCGGGCGGUAUAAAGACAGAUUGGGCAGGAUCAUCCAUGGUCCAAAGCCCAAUCAGUGAGCCAUACCAGCAAACUGUCGGUGCAUUCAAAGAUUUGAGAAUGCGUUAUAUCGACAACGGGUCCGAGCCUGAAAAGAUUGCAGACGCCAUCUUGCACAUCUCUAGGGUUGACAACCCGCCGCUUCGACUUUUGCUUGGUCCGGAUACUGUUCAGUUGGCGAAGACAGCCUCGGAUGAAUUGGCUGCAUCGGAUGAGAAAUGGAGAGAUGUAACAAUGCUAUCUGUUUAGAUCAGUAAAGCAUGACCUAGUCGCAGAUAGUCAGAAGAACCAAGUCUAUGGCACUCAUUUUAUUCACUCCAGGUUUCGACGUCACGAUGAAUUUCAAGACGAGGGGCGGG